GAGCACUGCUGGCUGGGCGUCGGCCGGGCAGUUGGCGUCGGCUGAGUCGGCGCGUCUGGCGCUGAGGACCGGCCAUGGAGCGCGAGGUCCAGCGGGUUCGCGUGGCUUUCGGCUCCGGCCGCUCUCGCCCCUUGACGUUCCGGCGGCGGCAGCUCGAGGCCCUGCGCGCGAUGGUGCAGGAGCGCGAGAAGGACAUCCUGGCGGCCAUCGGUGCGGACCUGAGCAAGAGCGAAUUCAACACAUACAGUCAAGAAGUCAUUUCUGUGCUUGGAGAAAUUGAUCUCGUGCUGGAGAAGCUUCCGGAAUGGGCUGCUGCUAAACCAGCUCAGAGGAACCUGCUCACCAUGCUGGACGAGGCCUACAUCCAGCCAGAGCCCCUGGGGGUCGUCCUGAUUAUUGGAGCUUGGAACUACCCCUUUGUCCUCACCAUCCAGCCCCUGAUAGGAGCCAUCGCUGCAGGAAAUGCUGUGAUUAUCAAGCCUUCCGAAGUAAGUGAGAAUACAGCCAAGCUCUUGGCUAAGCUCCUCCCUCAGUACUUGGACCAGGAUCUGUACGCCGUCGUCAAUGGUGGUGUUGAGGAGACCACGGAGCUUCUGAAGCAGCGAUUUGACCACAUUCUCUACACGGGAAACACCGCUGUGGGAAAAAUCGUUAUGCAGGCUGCUGCCAAGCAUCUGACCCCUGUGACCCUUGAACUGGGAGGAAAGAGCCCAUGCUUCGUGGACCGAGACUGUGACUUGGAUGUCGCCUGCCGACGCAUCGCCUGGGGCAAGUUCAUGAACUGCGGUCAGACCUGCAUUGCCCCCGACUACGUGCUCUGUGAGCCGUCCCUCCAGGACCAGAUCGUGCGGAAGGUGCAGGAGGCCGUGAAGGAAUUUUAUGGAGAAAAUGUAAAAGAAUCUCCCGACUACGAGAGGAUCGUCAAUCUUCGUCAUUUUAAGAGGAUACAGAGUCUGCUGGAAGGACAGAAGAUAGCUUUUGGUGGGGAGAUGGAUGAGGCCACACGCUACAUAGCCCCAACAGUACUCACUGAUGUGGAUCCUGACACCAGGGUGAUGCAGGAAGAAAUUUUUGGACCAAUUCUUCCAAUAGUGCCUGUGAAGAAUGCAGAUGAAGCCAUGCAGUUCAUAAAUGAACGCGAAAAGCCCCUAGCUUUCUAUGUGUUUUCUCACAACAGUAAGCUCAUCAAGCGGAUGAUCGACGGGACGUCCAGCGGCGGUGUCACAGGCAAUGACGUCAUCAUGCACUUCAUGCUCAGCUCUCUGCCCUUCGGAGGCGUGGGGUCCAGCGGGAUGGGAGCGUAUCACGGAAAACACAGUUUCGAUACUUUUUCCCAUCAACGUUCCUGUUUAUUAAAAACUCUCAAGCGGGAAGGCGCGAACCAACUCCGAUACCCUCCCAACAGCCAGUCGAAGGUGGACUGGGCGAAAUUUUUCUUGUUGAAGCGGUUCAACAAAGGGAAACUCGGCCUCCUGCUGCUCACUCUCCUGGGCGUCCUGGCCGCCGUGCUCAUCAAGGGCGGAUACUACUGAUGGACCCUAGCCACCUCCUCAUCGUCUCUGCUGAAUUAUUAUUCUGCUUAGUGGCUAACCAACCAAUCAUUUUUAAAUUGUACCAGAACUUUUUAAGAAGAUAUGCAAACGCACCAUCCUUGCUGGCAUUCACCAUUAAUAAAACUCACUGCUUCAGCCAAAGUCCCCCACUUACCUCCCCACCCCGGCCCCCUAGGACUGAGCAUGCUCACUUGGAGAACUUGCGUCCCUAGAGCUCUGGGCAGGGACAGGGAGUGCACUGGGUGAGCCCACAUUCCCAGACCUGCUCAGUGACUCUUUACCAGGGACAUGGGGCUUGCCACCCCCACCCCCACCUUCAGGCAGCACUCCCUGAAGCCUUUCAGAGACUGCCCUGCACAUGUUUCCAGGUCUCAGUCUAGAGAGGUGAGGCGAGAUCUCCCAGAGUCCUCGGGGUUCGGGGCACUAGAACUGGGUGGGGGGGGCAGGCCCUGUCCCCGAUCCUGGGACCAGAAGACAGCUCCAGGAGGCACCCCUCCUUUCUCACCACUCUCUGUCCUGUCCUGAGCUCGGCUUGUGACGGUCCGUUGUGAUGUCCACACAUGGUAAAUCCUCGGGCUCCUGGAAGGCAGCUGCCAGUUUGGUGCAAGAAUCAUCUGUCAUUCGUAGACUUUGUGCGUCUUGCAGAGCCACUGGCCUGUUUCACUGCUAUCGUCAUGGUACUCAGACGAUACCCACCCUUGAUCAGAGGCUUCACAUGGCAAGUCAGUGGCUCUUGAGGGACAAAUCUUCAAGUUUCCUGCUUCUGUACCACAAGGCGAGUAAGCAUCCCCUUGGCCUCCCUUGUGGCUCAGCUGGUAAAGAAUCCGCCUGCAAUGUGGGAGACCUGGGUUGGGAAGAUCCCCUGGAGAAGGGAAUGGCUACCCACUCCAGUAUUCUGGCCUGGAGAAUUCCAUGGUCUCUGUAGUCCAUGGGGUCACAAAGAGUCGGACACAACUGAUCGACUUUCACUUUUGGAAACCUGCGAGGGGCACUGCUGAACAGAUUCUGUCCAGAACUUAACAUGGGGAGCAGUUUCUGUCCUGGACAAGAGGUCUUGGGUGUUCACAACUUAAAGCCUGUGAGCCCCAGGGGCUGGUGAGGGGCAUCUGGAAGAGGGCUCUCCAUGACCAGGACAGCAGCCAGCCCACUGAAGGGGACCUCCCAAGCACAGUUGGGACCAGACCCAGCACUUCAGCCAAACAGAAAGUCUCAAGAAGAGCCCUGGGGGUCCUCCCUGCCCCCACACUCAAUAAGAGAAUGUACCUCACCUUACAGCACAUGUGAUCCACCAUUGAAUGAACCUGCUUUGGCUGACUGCAGAGCGUUACGCCUUCAUUACAGAACACAGGGAUGAACAGCCAACCACUAGGCUGGCUUAGGACAUACCUGCUUACACUGGGGCUUUAUCAGAAUAAUCAGCCAUAAAAUAUCUCAGACAAUGGAGUUUUCAUUUGGUAUAUUGUGCAUUUUACUUUCUAAUUAAAAUUAUUUGCU